GCAAAGGGCCGCUGCGCUUUGGCCCCGUGCCACGGACUUUAUUUCAUGCUUGCUGCACUAAAUGAGUUAACAGCCAAAGGGUUUUUCAUUAACUCGACUUGGCAACCGUGUAUUUCGUUGGCUUCUCCCCCCCACCCAAAGAAAAAAAAAAAAAAAAAAAAAAAAAAAAAGAGAAACGUGUAAUUUUAGGCAAAAGCUGAAUGGCAUAAUAUGAGUUGAUUUGAGAGGGGGAGUUUUUCUCAAGAUGUGUCAGAUUUCCCUUGUGUCCUCUUCCCUGUGCAUGAUGUGUGGGUGAUCCAUGCCAUCUUUUUGCAGAGCACAGGGAGGGAAAUUGUCACUUUGGACUCUCCUGAGCACCUGAAAGGAGAAACGUUACCCUGAGAAUGAAGCAGUAAAAACACUUCUCUGCAGAACCGUAUGAUUGAAAACGCGGUCCAGCCCUCCUCUGCUGCCAGACAUGCUUUCGGGCUCCUGCCCCGCUUACCCGUUGUUGCAGUAAUACAGAUGGAUCGUAGCAGAGCGGCAGAAAUGGAGUUACGGAGGUCCUCCAGCCCUGGCAAGCUCAGCAAGAACGACAUGGAUGCUGACAAGACCAUGUGCCACAGCUGUUGCAUCUGCGGUAAAAGUUUCCCUUUUCAGAGCUCCCUGUCGCAGCACAUGAGGAAGCACACGGGUGAGAAGCCCUACAAAUGCCCUUACUGCGAUCAUAGAGCUUCCCAAAAGGGCAACCUGAAGAUUCACAUCCGUAGUCACAGGACAGGCACUUUAAGUCAGGGACAUGAGGUGGAGAUGGGAGAGGCGCAGCUGGGGGAGAUGGGCGUUUCAGAGGGCCUUGGCGGGUGCACCAGCCCCACUAAAAGUACGUCUGCCUGCAACAAGAUCUUGAAUGGUACUGCUCAGGUCGAUAGCAGCAAGAUCUUGUUGAGAAGCAGCAAGAAGGAGGUCACAGAGACAGCGCCGGUCGAGGAGGAUGGCAAGCUGACCUCUUACCAGUGCACCUUCUGCAAAAACAAAUUUGAAAGGAAGAAGGACCUGGAGCAGCACCUGCACCAGGUCCACAAACCGUUCAAGUGCAGGUUGUGCAGCUAUAUGACCCUGAGGGAGGAGACGCUGUUAAACCACAUAGAGAAGGACCAUAUAACAGCUCAGGUCCCCAAUGGGGAGGCCUACACUGAGAACUGCAAGAGUGAGCUGAGUGCGGGCGAGUUUCCAUGUGAAGUCUGCGGUCAGGCCUUUAGUCAAACCUGGUUCCUGAAAGCUCACAUGAAAAAGCACAGGGGCUCAUUUGAUCACGGGUGCCAUAUUUGUGGCAGGAGAUUCAAAGAGCCCUGGUUUCUCAAAAACCACAUGAAGUCGCACGGCCCCAGGUCUGGGAGCAAAAACAAACCAAAAAAUGAGUUGGAGCUCAUAGCCACUAUCAAUGACGUGAUACAAGAGGAGACAAUUGUGACAGGCCUAUCUCUGUAUGAAGUUUGCACCAAGUGUGGAAAUCUGUUUACAAAUAUGGAAAGCCUGAAAGCGCAUAACGUUGUUCACUACCGGGUGCAGCCGGGCAGCACCAGGGAUAAAGCUGAGGGCUUGGCUGAUGGGAGCCUGAGCUCUUCAGUAACGAAGCAGUUUUUCUUACAGUGUCUCAAUCUACGGCCAUCUGUAGCGCUGGAUAGAGUUACAAGAGGACAGCCUGGGAAAAGAGUAGCCGAGCUGGAUCCGGUCAGUAGCUACCAAGCUUGGCAACUGGCCACCAAAGGAAAAGUAGUGGAGCCCUCGGAGUAUGUGAAGUAUGUGGGAUGGGACGAGGCCCUGGCAGAUGCGGACGUGACUUACGACAAGGAUAAGAGGGAGUAUAUCCUUGUCAACCAGGAGAAGCGCAAGCGAGACCAGGACUCGCCCAGCAACCCCAAGAAGAAGAGCUGCACCAGUGGGCGCCCAGAGAAAACCAGCACUGCCCCACCAGGGGAGAGCUGCCCGCUCGCCCAGGGGGAUCUGGACUACCGCCCUGCCUCACGGCAGAGCCGGCGGGCUGCCCAGAACAAGUCCACCGAGUGCUUUGAGUGUGGGAAGAUCUUCCGCACCUACCACCAAAUGGUGCUGCACUCGCGGGUGCACCGCAAGGAGCGGAGGAGCUGCAGUGAGGGUGGGACGGCUGCCCAGCCUGACCGCUAUGGCUCCAGCAGUGAGGAAGGUGACUUGGGGUCCGUCAGCGGGCCUAGCACCCCCGGCUCCGCAUCCGCCCCAGAGGACUCGGCCACCUCUGGCUUGGGGGAGGAGGGGGCUGAGGAGAGCUCAGAGGAGGGAGCAGCCAACCCCUUGCUAGAUGAAAAGCCAUACCACUGCAACUUUCCUGAAGAAGAAACUCCAAUGAUAACAUCUCAGUUGGAUGAACUCCCAAAGCUGGGAAGCCGCAAUGCCAGAGAAAAUGAGGCCAGGGAAUCUAAACCAGAGAUUCCUGUCCUGAUGUCAGCACUGGAGAGUGUCAUCAAGGAACCCUUUUCAAAAUACCAAGGUUCUGCAGACAUGAAGAUGCCAGGAUUUCAUCACAGCCAAGGGCUUCUUUGCUCCAGUCACAUUGCUAGCUUUGCUUCGGGUGUGGGCCAGACAUCUUCAGACAUGGCCAUGGACUUGAAAACAUCACUUGAAGUGCAGGCUAGUCGUGCUAGAGAAACUUUGCUAGACUUGCACAGGGAACAUCCUCUGAUAGAAAAAGGUGCUGAAGCUCUUGAGUUAGCUCCACUCGAUUUGAGUGAAAAAUCAACAAGGGAUAAUUCAUGCAGUAAAUAUCUGAAUACAUCCUUCCAGGCUGCUUUAAUUGUCUACCCAUGUCCUUUCUGCAGUCACAAGACCUACUACCCCGAAGUCCUGUGGAUGCACAAAAGAAUUUUGCACAAAAUCAGCUGUAACUCGAUGGUACCCCCUUGGGUUCAACAGAACGGAUUCAAGAGUAUUAAAAACAACCUGGUCUUUCUGGCAAGGAGUGGGCGCACUGGCCCCCCUCCUGUUCUCGGUGGUAAGGAAUGCCAGCCUUUGCCCAUUGCCAGAUUUACACGUACUCAAGUGCCAAGUGCAUUGCCAGGUUCCAAAACCAGCUCUCUUUCUGUCGGGAUGACUGCGAAGUCUGGUGGUACACAUCAGUCAAAGGACAGUCAUGCCUUCAGCCACUGUGGUCCACGCUUAUCGGGUCUGGAUGGGUACAGACAGCCCAAGCUAAACCAUUCCCAGGAGCAGUACAGCAUAGCAGCACAACAGAAAAGUAAAUAUGAAGCAAAUUCCAAACUUAUGCAAAUGGGAACCUAUAGUAGAAGCGUAACGCCUACACAGACAGUCAUAUCCAGGCCUAGCACACAGCCCACAAACAGUAAGCAAGUGGAAAAGUACGUGGUGCCCCAAGGAAGUACCGGUUUUACCCCUCCGGGUAAGCACUGUGCGUCCGACUCCAUGAAGGCCAAAUACAACCCACCCCUGCAGUACCAUCCUGUGUGUAAAAGCGAGCAGUACACUAAACACGAAGAGCCACCGGUGCCUCAGAGGGAGUCUCACAUGAAGGCUGGGAAUGAGAUGAGGACAUUGGCAAACUGCACAGCGGUAGCACGAGCAAGUCCGGUACUGCAGCCCCAGCCGAGUACCGUGGGAGUUUCUCCAGCUUUACACUCCAGCAAACAGGAUGUGGGAUCAGAUGUGCAUGAGAAACAUUUGGACAUUUUAAAUAUCUUUAAAACAUACAUUCCAAAGGACCUUGCUUCAUUGUACCAAACCUGUGGUGCCAACAGCCCUGUCCUGGAUCACACAGGGAUGCUCAGGACACAAACACGCCAAGGAGACUGUGUCUGCAGAGAAUGUGGAAAAUGCUUUACCCAACCCAGUCACCUCAGGACUCAUCAGAGGUCCCACACAGUGGUAUUUGAGUCUAAUGGACUCCGAGGUACUGAAGUUCACACCACCUCCGCAGAUGCCCCAAAACAAGGGAGAGACCACGUCAGUGCGGAGGUCACCCACACGCUGCAUCUCCGGAAGGGAACCUAGAGCCUUGGCAGGAGAGCCCCGAGGCCAGCAGCCCCCAGCCCCGAGGGGCAGCGCCGGCAGCCCCCCACGCCGAGCAGAGCAGAGCAGCCCCCCU